UCUGGGGGCUGUCCGAGGACUACGGUAAGCUGAGCAAUUUGAGUGCUGCAGCCGCUUAGGCUUCGUCCAAGUGGACUUGUCCCAGAGGCGACGCUUGGGCGCGACAGGGCACAGGACGCGACACGCGGCGGCCUGGGCCUCCCUACUGCCUUCCUCUCCUUUCAUGUCGGCCUUGGAGAAAACCAUGCACCUGGGCCGCCUGCCCUCCCGCCCACCCCUGCCAGGCGGCGGGGGCGGCCAGAGCGGAGCCAAGCUGCGCAUGGGCCCUGGAAGAAAGCGAGACUUUUCCCCUGUUUCCUGGAACCAGUACUUUGAAUCCAUGGAAGAUGUGGUAGUAGAGAAUGAAACUGGCAAAGAUACUUUUCGAAUUUAUAAGAGUGGUUCAGAGGGCCCAGUCUUGCUGUUGCUGCAUGGAGGAGGCCAUUCUGCCCUCUCCUGGGCUGUGUUCACUGCAGCAAUCAUUAGCAGAAUUCAGUGUCGGAUUGUAGCAUUGGAUCUGAGGAGUCAUGGUGAGACAAAAGUCAAGAAUUCUGAAGACCUGUCUGCAGAAACUAUGGCAAAGGAUGUAGGGAAUGUUGUUGAAGCUAUGUAUGGAGAUCUUCCACCUCCCAUCAUGCUGAUCGGCCACAGCAUGGGAGGUGCCAUUGCAGUCCAUACAGCGUCAUCCAAUUUGGUGCCAAGUUUACUGGGUCUCUGCAUGAUUGAUGUUGUUGAAGGUACAGCAAUGGAUGCUCUAAACAGCAUGCAGAAUUUCUUACGAGGUCGCCCUAAAACCUUCAAGUCCCUGGAGAAUGCCAUAGAAUGGAGUGUAAAGAGUGGCCAGAUACGGAAUUUGGAAUCUGCUCGAGUUUCAAUGGUUGGCCAAGUCAAACAAUGUGAAGGGACUCUGAGUCCUGAAGUCUCUAAAACCCUGGUGGAAGGGAUCAUAGAGGAAGAAGAGGAAGAUGAAGAAGGAAGUGAAUCUGUUAAUAAAAGAAAGAAGGAAGAUGAUACUGAGACCAAGAAGGACCAUCCAUACACCUGGAGAAUUGAACUGGCAAAAACAGAAAAGUAUUGGGAUGGUUGGUUCAGAGGCUUAUCCAAUCUCUUCCUUAGCUGCCCUAUUCCUAAGCUACUGCUUCUGGCAGGUGUUGACAGGCUAGAUAAAGAUCUCACAAUUGGCCAGAUGCAAGGAAAGUUUCAGAUGCAGGUACUUCCUCAGUGUGGCCAUGCAGUUCAUGAAGAUGCUCCUGACAAGGUAGCCGAAGCUGUUGCAACUUUCUUGAUUCGUCACAGGUUUACAGAGCCCAUUGGUGGAUUUCAGUGCGUCUUCCCUGGCUGUUAGUGUCCUGACGUCCUUCAGCGCCAAGAUCCGUUGUAAAUACACCACACCAGAGGCCACUGUGAUGUAACUGUAUCUUCCUCACCUUGUCCCCAGCCCAGCCAUGAGACAUCAGCUCAUUGAUAGAACUAGUAUCCCCAACACAUGUAAAAUGUCUACUCAUGUUCUUGACAAAACACUUUGUUCAAGACCCCUGAUGUGCAUCCAUCUCCCUAGAUCCAAACUUCUUCUGGGCCCCAAAGCUUUCUUGUCUCCUUCCCUUCCCAUCCCAUCCCAUCCUAUCCCAUCCCACCCCACUACCUCCCUCCCAAAAGGGGCCAUAUUUCCAAAACCAAAAUGACCAUUUGUAGAGUGGAGGUGCCACAUUUUUAACUGAAGCCCCUUUCAGUCUUGGGGACACUAACUGGGCCCUGCCAGGCACCUCUUGGGGAAACAGGGGAUGGCCUAGUUCAAUGCUGGGAACUGUCUUUGCUGCUCUUGGGCUGGCAAUGGGAAGGAUAAGGAUAAUGAAGGGAAUUUUUCUUUGGCCUAGCCCUAGACAUCCAAAGUAUACAUGAAAAUUACUUCAUAGCCAUGUUUAGGGGUAAGGAGCCUUUUUUCCUUCAAAUAAAAUGACCAAUCAGGUUACUAUUUUCUCCAUGGUUUGAUCCUUUCAGCACACUCUAGAGGCUGUUAUGUGCUUCUGCCCCCAGGGUGACAGUGACCCAGACUUAGGCACAAUCCCAAUGUGGUUCAGGCACACGGGAUCAGGGAGGGAGGAUGCUACAUGUACCAGAGCCUGCCAGGGAAACCAGGUAGGGCCCAUUCCAAGCACAUUAUGCCAUCACCUUCUUCUUAACCCAUGCAAUGGGUACUGUACUAUCCUAACUCUCAGAUAGUCCAGACCAGACUGUACUGUCCUCUCAACAGACUCUCUAUACCACACACUAAGCUCUGGCUGUCUUAUAUUACGCCCUCCCUGGAGUGGAGUAAUCACCCACCAGCUCCCCUUGGCUGGCUUUCCUGCCUCCCCAGUGCCACCCUAUCUGCCACUGACUGGCCUUGUUUGAAUGAGUGCAUCCUAUCCAGGGAGUUGCCAGGAUUAAGCCCAUUCGUUGUAAACUGUGGAGCCGUGGUGUGGUGCGGUGCAAAGUGUGUGUUUGCCUUUCCCAAAUCCACCUCUUCAUAGCCUGAGUAGUUUCCAUGGGUUUCCUUUCAUAGAAGCAGCACAGCUGACUCCUCCUCACUUCCUCCACCACAAGGGGAGAUGUCAUGUUACCCUAGUGUUGGGGGGAGGUCCCCAAAAGCCAUGCCUAUUCUGUGUCUUAGGUGCUGCUCAUGCCCUACUCUGUUCCUCACCUCAAACCACUCUGUCCUACUACACAGUGAGGCAUCUGGGACCUUCUUUGUUCCUUUGGUAUUUAUGAUCUUGUUUAAAGAAAAUAAAUAUUCCCAGCCUAUCUGGCA